AUUGUAUUAUACGUCAAUGGUUUUGACGCGCAAUUUGAAAAUUGGGAAAGGUAUUCAUCCAACACCAACUAACAACGCUCCGUCAAUGAAUUACAUGAUAUGUUACUUUAUAUCCCCAACUUUUAUGAAUAAGCAGACAUGUCAUCUUUAACAGAGGAGCAGAAGAAACGAAUUGAAGAGAAUCGUCUGAAAGCUCUGAAUAGAUUGAAAGCAGCAGGUGUUAAUAUCCCUCAUAGCAGCACUUCAGUCAGACCCAGCCCAGCCAGUGGAGGCCCAAGCAAGGGUAUAUUCUCUCCCCUGAAUCACAGUGUCAAUAACAACCCUACCAGGCCUGACGUCAAGUCUCCAGUAUCAUCGGCAAACAAUUCCAGAGACUACAAGAAUCCAAAGACUUGGUUUACCUCAUCUCAAAGCUCUCAGACCAACGCUACUUCAAGUAAAAAUGCUUUCUCCAACGAAAGAACCAAUAGUGAUAAAAGUCAGACAAAUUGGCCCUCUGCAGUGAGCUCCCCCAGAACGAUCACUGGCACUUGCUGGUUAUCAGCACCAGACCGAUUCAGUGUGAAGGUCGGGUACAAAUCCGACCUUAUCGAUUAUUUUAAAUCUAUCCCUGGGAAAAAUUAUGAUGUCAAAAAUACCGUAUGGAGUUUUCCCUUGUCACAAUAUGAAUGUUUCCGAAAAGGUCUUGACAAAUUUAAACCUGAUGUUACCAUUGGUGCAAUACCGAAUUAUGUCCUACGGAUAUUUCGCAAUCCAGAAAAGAAAUACUCAGAAAUGAACAUAGAUCUGUCUCGUAUCGAACCGAAACUUCUUGACUCAUUAUAUGCUUUCCAGCGAGAUGGUGUGAAGUUUGGAAUUUCCAAGCAAGGAAGAUGUAUAAUUGCUGAUGAUAUGGGUCUCGGUAAGACCAUUCAAGCUCUGGGUAUUGCCGAUUAUUACCAUUCUGAUUGGCCUCUCCUCAUCGUCUGUCCAUCUAGUAUGAGGUACCAAUGGGAGCAAGAAAUAAUCACUCAUCUACCCAAAGUCCCAACAGUCAGAAUUCAUGUAUUCACUAGUAGUAAGGAUGAAGUUAUAAACCCUCUAGUUGUUAUUAUUUCCUACGAUCUCAUGAGCAGAAUGGAAGCUCUACUCUUGUCUUAUAAAUUUGGAGUCAUUAUAAUGGAUGAGAGUCAUUUACUGAAAAACGCCAAGAGUGCCAGGGCCAAAUCUGGUUCAAAGUUAAUAGAAAAUGCUAAAAGAUGUAUUUUACUGAGUGGGACACCUGCAUUGUCCAGGCCGAUGGAGUUGUACAACCAGUUGCGGGCGAUAUCGCCCAAAUGGGUCGGCAUGAAAGACUUUGGAGUCAGAUAUUGCAAUGGACAUCAAGGCAGAUUCGGUUGGGAUUUCAGCGGCUGCUCGAAUAUGGAGGAGUUAAAUCUUGUUUUACGAGAAAAAUUCCUAAUUAGACGAUUGAAGUCCGAUGUUCUUACUCAACUCCCAGCUAAGAUUCGAAAAGUAGUGCUUCUCCCCUCAGAAAUGGUAAAGAAAGACACAUCCGCAAUGAACGCCCUCUCUCAAAGGUUGAGUUCGGAAGAUCUGAAAGGGUGUGAGAAAAGGAGCUGCCUACUCACCUAUUUCUCGGAGACUGGAAAAUGUAAAUUAACGGCAAUUAAGAAUUAUGUUUCUGAUCUUUUGGAGAUAGGGAGCAAAUUUCUGAUUUUUGCCCAUCACACAGAUGUGCUGGAUGCAAUCAGCGAACUGUUAGAAGAGAAGAAAACUUACUACAUCCGCAUUGAUGGCGGUGUUUCCUCAGACGAAAGGAAAGAUGUGUGUGACCAGUUUCAAUUUGACGAUAAAUUCCGGGUUGCAGUUCUCUCAAUUACAGCUGCUAGCACAGGUUUGACGCUGACAGCUGCAAACCUAGUUGUAUUUGCAGAACUUUUUUGGAAUCCAGGUAUUUUGUGCCAAGCUGAAGAUCGAGCCCAUCGUAUCGGCCAAGAAAGCAGUGUUGUUGUGCAGUAUCUCAUUGCUAAAGGCACAGCGGACGAUUAUCUGUGGCCGCUGGUGGAAAAAAAAUUAAAUAUUCUCAAUCAAGCAGGAUUGAGCAAAGACACAUUCUCCACGGCAGAUACAACGGCGGUCAAUGCAUCAUCGGCAAAUCUUCAGCCAACUAUAGACGAUUAUUUUGAAGAUCUGAACGGGGAAAAUGAUGAGGAUGCGCUGCUUGCAAGUACCCUGGAUAAUGUAGAAAACGCUAUUAUUCCUGAGAAACGCCCUAAGUGGGAAUGAACUCUCUGUUUCUGUGAUAAAUUUAAAUUUUGCUUUAACUCGGGAAGGCUCCUCGAAAAUUCUUGUCUUUGACUCACAAUCAACGUUCUCAGGUCCACUUUGAAUAAUUGAAUCAUCCAAACUCCUUAAAGUUUCUGAAUUCUCAUUGUUUGUUCAGUAAGGCUGUAAAAAAUGGAUAGGAUGGUCAUUGCUGCACGCUUGAUAAUCACUCUUCUUGAACUGAAUCAGUAUGAAACUCAGUAGACAAGAGAUCUCUCUAAAAAGAAUUUUAAGCUAACUUUUUUGAUCAAUGAAAUGUACGUACCUUUAUGAAAAAGAAACAAAAAAGGUUGAAUAAUUUAAAUAUUGUCGAGGAGGGGGUCUGGAAGCUUUCUUUCUCUUGUGAAUCUACCUUAAUUUUAUAAUCAUUCGUUCACGUCAUCAAGAGGAGAUAGUAACAAUAAUGACGUUUGAAGGUAUGUUGAGAGGAGUUCUAGACUACUAAAUUCUGUCUGGAAAACUAUACUUUUUGAUGCCUGGUUUGUAUGAGGGCCUCAUACUUAUAACUUACAAAUUGGUUCUUGGAAGUUAUUUAUCAACUUUACCCUCAUUUUUGGAUGGAAUCAAUUUCUAUGAGAAGACAGGCAUUGUUGAAGUAAGAAGUAUGUCCCAAAUAAUAAAAUUUAUUUUUUUAUUUUUUUAACUGUGUUUAUAGAGGAGGCUCCCAGCUUCAAAAUUAUCCAUAACAUUUUAUACUUCAGUAAAUCACUCUUCUAAUUAUUCUUCUUCAAAAAUGACGAGCUUCCGUGCAAGGUUGAUUUGGGUAUGUUUUUGUUUUUGGUUUUCUUUUGUUUUUUUUCUCUCGCCUUUUUUUCUCUCUCUCGCCUUUUUCUCGAAUUUGAAAAAAAGUGUUUUUUACCAUCUUCUGCAUGUCUUUUUAGAAACUAAAAGUUCUAUCUUAAUACACUUUUUUUUAAUUUUGAAAUUAGGGCUAUAAGUGGAAGUAGAGUUGUAAGUGUAGACAUAAAACUUUUUUAUGCGAAAUAUGGCUCAGAAAAAUUUCAAGUUUUCAAUUUUCAAGAAAGAACUCCCUUGCAAACAUAUUUUCAUAUUUGUAGUUUCAGCUGUAUCCAAUGAUCAUACUUGCAUACCUGCAAAAUUUCAAGCUUUUAGGUCUAUACGUUUCUUCACCAGAAGUUAAACACAUUUUGCAUGGAUUCAAAUGGGACCUACUUCUUACCUUGAACUGGCUUUUUGUCCGAUUUUGUCAUUUUUAAGAGUGGUUUAUGGAUGGAGCCACCCUCAAAUAUAAAGACACCUGUGAUUGGGGAAGCGAGUGCUGAAAACCAUGACAAAUAGGACACAAGAAAUAUCAUUUUUUUCAAAGUUGAGUGAGUUGGUCUGUUAACUUCUCCAAACCGAGUCAAAUUAUUCUUUCAUUGUAAUGCUCCCGUCUCAGUAAUCCACAGGCUGAACCACAGCAAUCAACAAUUGGUAUAAAUGUUUCAAUAAUGACGCUCCUCCUCAGUUAGAAAAUUUCAGUCUGCAGGGAUUUGUGCCCUUAAUAUAGUAUACACACCUUAGUUAACCAUACUUUUUGUACUUAGUUUUAGUGUAGUGUUAGCAAACAACCUUAAAUUAAUGAAUGUAUGUUUGGGCGUAGCUCAGCAGAAAGAAACAACCGUACUUAGGAAAAAAUGGAGCAGAGUUUCGCUUUUAAACUUAAGUAGCUGUGCAUUUCCUUUAUUUUUUUCUGCUCUCCUCACCUAUUUUUAUGUCCCUUCUUUUCCUUUUUUUCUUCUCUUUUUUCCUUCUCCCCCAUUUAUUUUCUUUUUUCUCUCUCGUUCUCUUUUUCCUCUUUAUUUCGUCUCUUUUUCCAAAUAAUCCAUGCACAUCUAAAACUGAAGUUUGAAAAUAAAGGUUGAAAUGUGUCUAGCUUUCACAAACAUUUGCAUGGAAAAAUGAAAUUAGACCUUUCGCUGACCCAGGUUGAUGUCGGUUGGGUCCUUCUGCUGAACUCAGUCUGAUUCUUCUUGACUGCUAGUUAUAUUUUCCAAUUUUGUGCUCAGAACGUUUUAUUACGAAAUAUUUUUGUUUUCUCCUAUUUAUUUUGUACUGUUGAAUACUUUCAAUCCCUUUGUUCAUGCUCGACUAUUACAAAUCUUAUAAUACCAGUAUACCUCUAUAAAAUUGCAUAAUCUGUUGUUUAUGUUUCAUAAAUUAUUUUUCUUCAAAUUU